AUGGCUCAACUCGACACGCUGGACAUUAUUGUCCUGGCAGCCAUCUGCCUGGGAACGGUCGCAUACUUUACAAAGGGCACAUAUUGGGGAAUUACUCAAGAUCCAUAUGCCUCGACUUACUCCGCUGCUAACAGCAGCAAGGCGGGGAAGACCAGGAACAUUCUUGAGAAGAUGGAGGAAUCGAACAAGAACUGCGUAGUAUUUUACGGCUCGCAGACAGGUACCGCCGAGGAUUACGCUUCCAGGUUAGCGAAGGAGGGCAAAAGUAGAUACGGGUUGGAGACAAUGGUUGCGGAUCUCGAGGACUACGAUUACGAGAAUCUAGACUCUUUCCCUGAAGAUAAGAUAGCCAUGUUUGUUCUAGCUACCUAUGGCGAGGGAGAACCUACCGAUAAUGCCGUGGAUUUCUACGAGUUCAUCACUGGAGAGUCGCCUUCAUUCUCGAACGAAUCUGAGCCGCCGCUAGGAAAUCUCAAGUUUGUCGCAUUCGGUCUUGGAAACAAUACCUACGAGCAUUACAACUCUAUGGUUCGAGAUGUAACUAAGGCGCUUGAGAAAUUGGGUGCCACCAAGAUUGGCGCUGCUGGCGAAGGGGAUGAUGGGGCUGGUACAAUGGAGGAAGAUUUCCUUGCCUGGAAGGAUCCUAUGUGGGUUGAUCUGGCCGAGAAGAUGGGACUCGAGGAGCGCGAAGCUGUCUACGAGCCAGUAUUUGCCAUCACAGAAAGAGAAGGCUUAACCAAAGACUCCCCCGAAGUCUAUCUGGGCGAGCCUAACAAGAUGCAUCUCGAAGGUGCUUCCAAGGGUCCUUACAACGCUCACAACCCUUACAUCGCCCCUAUUGCCGAAUCUCGCGAGAUAUUCACGGUCAAGGACCGAAACUGUCUCCAUAUGGAAAUAGAUAUCAGCGGCUCAAACCUCAGCUACCAGACUGGUGAUCACGUUGCAGUAUGGCCCACAAAUGCUGGACGGGAAGUCGAUAGAUUCCUUAAAGUGACCGGGCUUCUACCAAAGAGGGACACCGUUGUUGGGGUCAAAGCUCUGGAUCCAACAGCGAAGGUUCCAUUUCCCACACCGACAACUUAUGACGCUAUCGUAAGAUAUCAUAUGGAAAUUGGAGCUCCUGUUUCUCGUCAAUUCCUUGCCACCCUCGCCCCUUUCGCACCGACCGAAGCUGCAAAAGCAGAAAUGGCCAAGCUUGGUAGCGACAAAGACUACUUCCACGAAAAGAUCAGCAACCAGUACCUGAACAUCGCACAAGUUCUCCAGGCCGUUGCUGGCGACGAGAAGUGGACUUCAAUUCCAUUCUCUGCGUUUAUUGAAGGUGUUAACAAGGUUCAACCUCGCUACUACUCUAUCUCAUCUUCCUCCCUCGUCCAGAAAAAGAAGAUUUCAGUUACUGCCAUUGUCGAAUCAAUGCAUAUCCCCGGCCGUGAAGAUGCUCUCAAGGGUGUCACAACGAAUUAUCUCUUGGCAUUGAAGCAAAAACAAAAUGGCGAUCCGAGCCCAGAUCCACAUGGCUUGACAUACGACAUCACCGGGCCUCGAAACAAGUACGAUGGUGUUCACGUCCCCGUUCAUGUACGACACUCAAACUUCAAGCUUCCUUCCGAUCCAUCAAAGCCAAUUAUCAUGGUUGGACCAGGAACUGGAGUUGCACCCUUCCGAGCAUUCGUCCAGGAGCGAGCGCAACAAGCGAAGAAUGGAGAAAAUGUUGGUCGAACGCUUCUUUUCUUUGGAUGCAGAAAAUCAACGGAAGAUUUCUUGUACUCUGAUGAGUGGGAAACAUACAAGAAGGACCUCGGGGACAAGUUUGAAUUGAUUACUGCAUUUUCUAGAGAGACCCCGGGUAAGAAAGUGUACGUCCAACAUCGCUUAAGUGAGCGUGCGAAAGAAGUCAACGAGCUGCUCCAACAGAAGGCAUAUUUCUACGUGUGCGGUGACGCGGCGAACAUGGCGAGGGAAGUUAAUACAAUCCUUGGCAAAAUCAUUGCUGAGCAGCGUGGCAUUCCCGAAACCAAAGCCGAAGAUAUCGUGAAGGGAAUGCGUUCCGCUAAUCAAUACCAAGUAAGUUCCCUCAACUCCACUUCGUUUGAACCAACCUCCACACUGCUCACGGCUCCCGGCUCCUCUGUUCGGGACUUUGAUUGCGACAUCAUGUUCCCGAUGUAUCACCGGUCGUGGAUUGGCCCUUGCACGAUUCCAGCUUAUACAAGCCAAACAGAUGCUGACUUUAACUUUCUAGGAGGAUGUGUGGUCAUGAACACAAAGAGUUUGCUCUUGCGAUACGACGACUCGACUUUCAUAUUUUGGGGGUGA